GUAAAUGUCUGGCGCUAUCUCCCCGACUCCCCGCAUCAUACCCCAUCCUACCCCGCGCACACACGUACACACUGACAUUGUUCCUCGCCGGCAGCUUUUCAUCGGGAAACAGGCGUGGUGAGCUGCCAAGCGCCGUCCGAUUGCUCGUAAUUCUCCGCAUUUCUGCAAAACUGUCGGCCCGCAGGAGGGCACGAACCUGGACGAACGUCCUGGUCAGCCCAGUGCUCUGCUCAGAUGACGGCCGAAAUUCAAAGCGGCAGAUCGGUUCUUUGCACGUCGGUCUGCGGAACUGUCAGUGCACAUCUGGACGACGUCUUGCGUAUGUCGCCACCAGCUCUGGCCACGGCCCGGCCAAGGAACUUUGUACUAUAAAACGUGGGGGACAAUCGCCCCACAGUCGCGCUCGAGCAUUCCCCUCGUCAAAGUCAUAGCAAUGCGUGUGGCGUCUUCAUUGCUCGCCCUCCUCUCGCUCGCAGGAGGAGCUCUCGCCUCCGACGCGUCAAGUCAAAACUCCAGCGCCGUUCCGUGGAGCCAUCUCUCCAUCUCCCCUGAAGGGCGGUACCUGUACCGUACCAGCAGCGGCGAGCCCUUCUUCUGGCAGGCGGACACGGCGUGGGAGCUCUUCCACCGCCUGAAUCGCACGGACAUCGACGACUAUCUCCGCGACCGCGCCAGCAAGGGCUUCAACGUCGUUCAAGCCGUCGUCCUCUCCGAGCUCAACGGCACCACCUUCCCCAACUUCUAUGGCGACCUCGCACUGCACGACGGCGACCCGACGCAGCCCAAUGAGGCGUACUUUGAGCACGUCGACUGGACGGUCCGCCGCGCCGCCGACUAUGGCAUCCUCAUCGCCCUCGUGCCCACUUGGGGGCGCUGGGUCAACUGCGGCUGGCAUAACGGGACCAUCAUCUUCAACGAGACGUCCGCUGAAACGUACGGUCGCUUCAUCGGCGAGCGAUACCCUGGCUUGCCCAAGAUCAUCGGCGCGGACUCGAACGGUUUCUGGGCAUGCAACGCGUCCGUCGCGCAGGACGCCUUCAGAAAGGACCCGAGCCUCGAUCCGACGACCCUGCUGGGCCCCGUCACCGACACCCGCGCGGUGUGGGCACGCAUGGCUGACGGUUUUGCGGCGAGCGAGUCCGAAGCUGGCUUCACGCCCUUCGUGACCUGGCACCCGACCAACAUGUGGGUUUCGAUUCCCGAGACCAGCCUCCCGUACGGCCAUAACUACUUGAACGGCUCCCUCGGCACGCUCUCCAUGGACGCCAUCCAAUCCGGGCACAACAUCUACGACAACAGCACCGUCGACACGUACUUCACCGCUCUCAGCGGCUGGAACAGCACCACCAACUACGAGCUCAUCACCAACAUGCGCGCCGAGUUCGACGGCCCCGUCAUCGACCUCGAGAACCACUACGAGGGCGCGUACGUCGGCUUCAACACGUCCCGCCCGCUGUGGAACGCCUCGCACGUGCGGCACGGGUUCUACAACGCGUACCUCAGCGGCUCCGCGGGCUUCACGUACGGCGCGAACGCGAUCUGGCAGAUGUACGCGCCGAAGGAGCAGCUCGCGCGCGAGGAGCUGUACUACCCGCCGAUCAUCGAGCAGCCGGCGAACGAGUCGUGGCGGGAUGCGCUCGCGUAUCCGGGCGCGACACAAUCGGGAUAUGUGAAGCGUCUGUUCGCGGGGCUCACGAAGGAGGAUCUGGAGAGCAUGAGCCCGAACCGCACCUUCAUUCUUUCGCCUGACGGCGGUGAGGAUGUUCUGCAGUUCGAAGCGAACCGAUACGUCGCAGGCCUGGCGGCGGCGUCGCAGUACUGGGUAUACACCGGAUACGGCGAUGCGUUCGACCUGGACCUUGACGCGCUGGCGGGACACUUCAACGCGUCGAACGCCUCUGCGAUCGUGCGCUGGUGGGAUCCUCGGGAGGGCGUCUAUCUGAACGAGACGAGCGCGGCGCCGGUGAUCAGCCUGUCCGGAAGGCAGACAUUUGUACCGCCUACUAGCGGGAGCGUAGAUGACGAUUGGGUAUUGCAUGUCAAGGCCGCAUAGCGCGGCCUACUUUUGCGCUAGUUUGGCUCCUCAUCAUAUCUUCUACAAUGACUGAACGACCUCACGUUUCCGUCACGUAUUCAAUGUUGUAACAGUAGCAGUUACUUAGCAUAUAGCUCUUCAUACAACUUGUGCACAUUCAUCUUCUGACAACACAAAUCUGACUGCCAUCAGCCAAAGAACCACCUCCAAUCAAGACAUCACGCAUCACGACCGAGCCGGCGGAGGUCUAUUGUUCCCAAUGAGGAAAGCUUUGUUUGUGCAUCCAAACAAUAUACGAUAACCACCCCGAAUUGAUUGCCGAUAUAUCCAUAUCGAACGUUCG